AUGGACGAAGCAUACGAUUACAAGAUUGGUUCGAACGAGUUCGACCCUGGAACCAUCUUUCCGGAAAUCAUUACCCUCAGUGACAACCUUUCAGCAAUUCUACAGAAGAAAUUGACUCCUACCCACAAUACCGAAUUUGAGGACCAUAUCCUCAAGUGCCUUGCAACUAUGGUUUAUGGCUCAGAUAUGAUCGAGCGUGCCCGUAGCAGUCCCCAAGGUACACUCAAACUUUGCCUAGCAAUCUUUUGA